CGUCCCUUUCCCCAUGGCGGGAUCCACUUCGAGUCUUCUCCUUCCUUCUUGUUCUUCUUCUUUCCCUCCUUCCCUUCUCUCUCUCUCUCUCCCUCCCCUUCCCUGUCUCGGAAGCUGCAGACGUUAAUGGAGGUGAUCCCUCGGAUUGAGUGAUUGUAUAUGCAUGUCUCUGCUUAAUGGAUUAAAUUAAUCGACUGGGUGAGGACUCGAGGAAGGAGGAAGACAAGAACUCAAGAACGACGGAUCUCUAACAUCCCGAAUCCACAGCAAUGGCCUUCGGUUCGACCCCAUUUGUUUAUUGUCUGUUCAUGGUUUCCAGAAAACCCUAAGAUUGCAGAUCGCCAUUAUUAUAUUAUUCGCAGAAGGGGCCGACAAGUCCCACGUCUUCUCAGAUUCUCUGAUUCCAAGUGGCCCGUCCCGUUCGACUAUUCAAUUCCCGAUCUGAUCGGACGUCGAAGCUCUGAAUUUGCACACUCUGUCUGGCUGUGCAUGGACGGCCAGCAUUCGGUCGGCUUCAUCUCAACGGUGCGGGCGCCAUGAAUGAAGAACGAGCUGUCUCUAGUGCUCCGGGGCUUUUCUGCUUGGGCUUCCAUAGUGGGUUCCAGAGAUGGGAUGCGGUGGAUCCAAAGUCGAUGACUUGCGGCUGGUGACCUUGUGCAGAGAGAGAAAGGAGCUAAUUAGAGCUGCGGCUGAUCACCGCUACGAGCUUGCUGCCGCUCACGUCUUGUAUUUUCAGUCGCUCACCACUGUCGGCGAGGCUCUGCGCAAGUUUGUGGAGGAGGAGCUCGUGAUUGGGACCAGCUCCGGUUCUUCUCCAGGCUCCCCGGUGCUGACUUUGCCUUCGGAUGAUAGGAAACCCCGGAAACCGUCUGAUAAGGUCAAGAAUUCAUCUUCUUCUACUUCAAUUUCUCACAAUGCGGAAGGUCAUAUUGAGGGCUCUCACUUACAUUUGUCUGGGUCGGAUUCUGAGUCUGAAUUGAGCUCCGACUCGGGUCACAUUCACAUUCAUGAUAGCCCCAUCUCUAAAGCGCCACCAGAUCCUGGUCCUAUUCUUGAUCCAGGUCCUUCAACUUCUUAUGGUUACAACUACCCGCCAUAUCCAUAUCCAUACCCAUAUCCGUACAGUUAUCCGCCUGGUGAAUGGGGCAUGUGGAAUAUGGCUGGAGAGCCUGUACACUCAGAGCCCCGUGCAUACUACAUGAAGAAGUCUUCUACUCCUAUGAAAUCUGUCAUUUUUGAGGAGCCAGGGAGGCACUCUGUGAGAGAAAAUGAGGGAUGGUCUGGGUAUGGGAGCUCAGGUUAUCCGCAAUACGGGAAUGGUGGAUACUUUGGGUAUCCAAUGAUGGACCCAGCAGGAAAUGGUUUUAGUAUUGAGAGAGAACGGCAGGAACGGCCGCCUCCUGCCCCCCCUUCCCCACCAAAUGUGUCUGCCUGGGAUUUCUUGAAUGUUUUUCAGACAUAUGAUAAUGGAUAUCCUGGGUAUUACCCAAAAAGUGGUUACGGGGUCGGGUCAAUGACUAGUAGCCCAGAUUCUAAAGAAGUGAGAGAACGAGAGGGGAUUCCAGAUUUGGAGGAUGAAACUGAGAAUGAGAUGGUGAAGGAUGUGUAUAAGGAGACCAAGAAACCAGGCCUAGCCAUGGAUGGAAGGAAAAACCUUGGUGAAGGUCCUUCAAGAGCUGUGCCAUCAAAGAAGAACGAGGGAGCUUCGACAACACUGCCAUCUCAUAAUAGUGAGGCAAGUUCUAAACUGCCAUCCAUUGAAAGUGACAGCACACACCUAACUACAAGUAAAGAGAUCAACUCUAGUAGCUCUGAGACAAUCAUCUCGAAGAGCUCCUCCCCAGAAGGCUAUACCAGGAAAGGGGUGAGUUUUGAGGUAGAGGAGGCCCCGACUGUGGAUAUUGAGUCAUCGAACCCAAGUAGCUUAACCUCACUGUCUGCUCAUGGUACCAGGGAUCUUCAGGAAGUAGUCAGAGAAAUCAAGAAUGAAUUUGAGACGGCCUCUAACUAUGGAAAGGAGGUAGCUGUCUUGCUUGAGGUGGGCAAGCUGCCUUACCGGUCCAAAGAUACCAUAUUUAAAGUGAUUUUUUCUAGGAUUAUGUAUCUUGUGGCACCCUCGACGUCAUUCUCAGAACCUCCGAAUAGGUCGUCUGUGCGAGUAAGUUCGAGAACAAUGAAAAUGGCAAAAGCAUACUUUGCAGAUGCUACAAAGGAUUUCAACAUGAAAUCUGGAAACAUUUCAACAACAUUGGAAAAACUGUAUGUAUGGGAGAAAAAGCUAUACAAGGAGAUUAAGGAUGAAGAAAAGUUACGGGUGGUGUACGAAAAGAAGUGCAAGAAACUGAAAACUCUAGAUGACCGGGGAGCUGAGCCUACUAAAAUUGAUGCCACUCAGGCUACCGUAAGAAAGUUGCAUACGAAGAUAGAUAUUUGUAUAAGAACAGUUGAUGCUAUUUCAAGCAGAAUUCACAAAUUGAGAGAUGAUGAGUUGCAGCCCCAGCUGACGGAACUGAUACAUGGAUUAAUUAGGAUGUGGAGGUCCAUGUUCAAGUGCCACCAGAAGCAGUUUCGAGCAAUAAUGGAGAGCAAAGCCCGUUCAAUGAAGGCCAACACCGGUUUGGAAAGGGAGUCAAGUUUGAGAGCAACUGUGGAACUCGAGGCAGAGCUACUGAAGUGGUGCAACUACUUUAAUCAGUGGGUAAAUGCUCAGAAAUCAUAUGUCGAGUCCUUGAAUGAGUGGUUGUUGAGGUGCCUUCACCAUGAACCUGAAGAAACUGCAGAUGGGGUAGCCCCCUUCUCUCCAAGCCGAAUUGGAGCUCCACCAAUUUUUGUUAUUUGCCAUGAUUGGUUCCAGGCAAUGGAAAGAAUCUCACAAGAAAGGGUAGCUAAUGCUAUGAGCGGCUUUGCUUCAAAAUUGCACCAACUGUGGGAAAGGCAGGACGAGGAGCAACAACAGCGGAUCAAAGCAGAGUUCGCUUCUAAGGACCUGGAGAAGCAGCUCAGAAUAUUACGCAUGGAAAAGGGGAGACUUGAGAACCACCAAGACUCGUUGUCUGAUAAAACAGCUAUGUCAAAGUUGCCGUCUGACAGCGGAGUCUCCCGAUUGGAUGACCUAAAGGUUGAUUUGGACUCAAUGAGGAAGAAAUUGGAGGAGGAGAGAGCUAGGCACAGGGAGACCAAGCAGUUGGUCCACCAUGCCGCUUCAAACAGCCUACAGGCAGGUCUGCUCCCAAUCUUUGAAACUUUGGAGAACUUCACUUCAGAGGUUUUGAAAGGUUAUGAACAGGUCAGGCUUGAUGGCUAAAUCUGCAGCGAGGCUUUAUGUAGCUUUCGUCUGGCCCCGUUAGCGGUUUUCUUGUUGUUAUAGGAUCCUUUACAUGUAUAUCGAUGGUUGAGAGCAGAUUUGAUUCUAUCAGAAUGAUUUAGGAUUAGAUCUAGAGUCAGGGGUGGGGAUCGAAAUGGAAGGGGAGAGGAAGCAUUGGGAUAGAAAAAUCUAGGUACUAUAGAACCCCAGGAAUCAAAAAAUGAGUUCCUAAGUGGGUUAGAGGGAGCCUCUGCAUUAGAAAAUUCCCGAGCGAAAAUGGCUAGCCAGCGGUUCUACCAUUUUAACCCUUGAAUAGGUAGGUAGGUCUUGUGUAUAGCUUAUUCAUUUAUUUGUUGAUUGGUUUAUUGGAGGAAGUGCUUUUGCAUAUUAUGGGAGUACCAACAGUCUAAAACUUGUAAUGCAGAAAUGUGCAAAUUUUGGUAGAGCAUGCACUUUGGUUUAAGUCGAAAGCUUUCCUGCUCCUGGAUUUCAGAUUAUCUUAUAUGCAUCCGAGCUUGUGAUUGUAAUGCUUUAUUACACUGGUUGCUUGAAGAUGUAAUUAUUAUAGGUUGUCUGAAACAUUUCUAGAUGAUGCGACAUAAACCGAACUUGAUUC